AUGGCCUGCUCCAACAUCUGCCGUCCCUGCGGACCUACCCCGCUGGCCAACAGCUGCAACGAGCCCUGUGCCCUGCAAUGCCAGGAUUCCCGUGUCAUCAUCGACCCUUCCCCUGUGCUGAUCACCCUGCCAGGACCCAUCAUGACCUCCUUCCCCCAGAACACCGCCGUCGGAUCCACCUCCUCGGCUGCUGUGGGCACUGAACUCAGUGCCCAGGGACAGCCCAUCUCGGGUGGAUUCGGCUUUGGCCUUGGCUAUGGCCUGGGAGGCCUGGGCUGCUACGGCAGAAGGGGCGGCUACAACUGUUGA